CAUUCUCAAGUCUCAACCGAUUGUUGCUUUCCAUGCGUCCAAGGUUUCAGCUCCUCGUAAGGAAAAGUCAACAGAUAAGUGAAAAGUCAACCGAUUGUUGUGACAAGUGAUGUAGCAAAGUCCAACUAGAAUAAGAAAAGGAAGAUAAAAUUGAAAUUGUUGAUAGGCAUGAUAAUAAUGUUUAGAAGAAACAUAGACAUAGGCAUUCAUAGGAGCUGAACCCGAAUGGAUUCACCAGAGUCAAUGGUAGAGGUAGGAAGAAGAGAAGCAGAGGAAGAAGAGGAAGAAGGAGUCAGUGGUAAAGGAACAUGGAAGCAUGCAGCUUUCCAUGUUGCUACCACAAUUGCUACCCCUGCAGCUUAUGCCCCUUUGCCCUUUGCUCUUGCUUCUCUCGGUUGGCCUCUUGGUGUGAGUAGUUUGGUGAGUGCAACAAUAGCCACUUGGUACUCAAGCAUUUUGAUAGCUUCUUUGUGGAAAUGGAAUGGGGAGAAGCACCUUACCUAUAGACAUCUUGCACACAGUAUUUUUGGAUUCUGGGGGUACUGGUCUAUUGCCUUAUUCCAGCAGGUAGCUUCUCUGGGAAACAACAUUGCUAUCCAGAUUGCAGCUGGUAGCAGCCUUAAGGCAGCUUACAAGCAUUAUCACGCAGAUGGAAAAUUGUCCCUACAACAUUUUAUUAUUUUUUUUGGAAUCGUUGAACUAUUGCUCUCUCAACUUCCUAAUAUUCACUCACUAAGAUGGAUAAAUGCAUUGUGCACUUUUAGCACAAUUGGAUUUGCUGCUACAACCAUUGGUGUUACCAUUUACAAUGGGAAGAAGAUUGACAGAACAUCAGUAAGUUAUAGUUUGCAAGGUAGUUCUGCAUCAAAGUCCUUCAAAGCCUUCAAUGCCCUCGGGACCAUCGCAUUUUCAUUUGGCGAUGCAAUGCUUCCAGAAAUACAGAAUACAGUGAAAGAACCUGCAAAGAACAAUAUGUACAAAAGCAUAUCAGCAGCAUACACUGUGAUUGUUUUGACUUAUUGGCAGCUAGCCUUCUGUGGAUAUUGGGCUUUUGGAUCACAAGUCCAACCUUACAUUUUAGCUUCUCUAUCUAUUCCAAAAUGGACUGUAGUUAUGGCAAAUUUAUUUGCAGCUAUUCAAAUAUGUGGAUGCUUUCAGAUUUAUUGCAGACCAACAUAUGCUUAUUUUGAGGGAAGGAUGAUGUCCAACAAAUCAACCAAUCACUUUCCCUUGAGAAUUCAACUGAUAAGACUUUUAUUUACUUCCAUAUACAUGAUUCUUGUUACACUUAUUGCUGCAGCUAUGCCUUUUUUUGGGGAUUUUGUUUCCAUUUGUGGGGCAAUUGGGUUUACUCCUUUGGACUUUGUGUUUCCUGCUUUAGCAUACCUUAAAGCUGGGAACAUAGUCAAGAACUCCAAACUUGGCCUUUUGAUGAAGCCACUCAAUAUUUUAAUAGCUAUAUGGUUUUCAAUUGUUGCUAUCUUGGGUUGCAUUGGUGCAGUAAGGUCCAUAGUGGAAGAUAUCAAGAACUACAAAUUCUUCCAUGAUAUGUAAAAGAAUUUUAACUCACCCAAAAGUUCUUUUACCAUUUUGUUUUUGGUUGAAUAGUAGUAUUACAUAUUUUUUUGUCCUAAUCAACUUUAGUACAGCAACUAUAAAACUAAAUAAAUCAUGGUUUAUAAGAUUCAGAAUAUCAUGGUUUGCUGAUAAUAAUAUCAUUAAAGUGGUGAUGAACGGAUUCCGCGCUUGUGAUAAUUUUGUUCCACAAUUAUGCACACAAUUCAAUUCCAACAUAACAUAUUGAUAUCUGGUAUUAUUGGUGCCUUUUCUUUCAUCCUUUUUACAUAUAAAAUUCAAGUGUCUCCUAUUUCUUAAGUUUAACUAUAGUAUUGGCUAAAAAAUAACUUGACAAGAGUAAAAAUGAGUUUAAUAGGUAUUAGCAUAUGUCGCAAUAACAUAUGCAUCCGAACUGAAUAUCAAACUAAAAAUAAUUUACCUUUUAUUUUUUAACGAAACGAAAUUGAUUUUCUCCUCCUAAAAAAAGUGAUGCGUAGAUACGAUAUGUUAAAAAACAUGUAAUAAUUCUUCAGUUUGUUUUAAAAAAAUCUUCACAAGUUGGGACUUGGUUUUUUUUUUAUUUUUGACGAAAUGACCUAUCAUUAUUUUUGUUGUUGGCAAAGCUAACCUUAUUGAUCCGUGCAUUUUUGACAUUACAUUAGUCAAAACUUGAUCAAAGAUGAAAUCACGUGAUAUCAGCAUCCACACACUCACAUACCCGCCAACUUCAAUUCUUGAGGGUUAGGGAUUUGGAGUUCAUAAAAAUCAAAUCAACCCCUAAAAAUAGAAACAGAAAUAGAAAAAGUGUGAUCCAAUGUCUUCCAUUACCCCAACUCCAACUUCCCCACUCACCCCACGCGCCAACACACCCUCCAACUACCCCACGCGCCGUCCAUGGGACAACUUCUUCUCCCUCCAAACCUUCACGACCCCUUACUCCAUCGCCGAAGCCACCCACCGCCUGAAGCGCAACCUUAACCAUUUCCGCGUUAACUACACCACCAUUCUCCUCUUCAUUCUCUUCCUCAGCCUUCUCUGGCACCCCCUCUCUCUCAUCGUCUUCCUCGCCAUCUUCGCCGCCUGGUUCUUCCUCUUCUUCUACCGAAACCACCCCGUCGUCAUUCUCCGCUGCACAAUCGACGACCGUAUCCUCCUCGCCGCACUAUCGACGCUCACUGUCGUCGCCCUCGUUUUCACCGGCGUCUGGCUCAAUGUCUUGGUGUCGAUUCUCGUCGGCGCCGCGGUGGUUGUGUUGCAUGCGGCUUUUCGAAGCACUGAGGAUUUGUAUUCAGAUGAAGUUGAUAUCUUCGAUGGAGGAUUGCUUUCGGUUGUUGGUAAUAGCUUCACCGCCAAGCGAACAGGGUACACUAGGAUAUCGUAAAUUUAGUUCAUUUUCGUUUUAUCUCUCACCUGCAUUUUUCAUAUAUACUAUUUCUAGAAAAAUAGAGCUUCACUUUUUUGCAAUUUCUUAAAUCAAAAUGUGAAAUGCCGCCAAUAUAAUAGUGUUGCCAUGCUGUUAGUUUGUAAAUUCUUGGUUAGAUUGAAUGGAAGCAUUCAUUUUGUGUA